AUGUGUGAAGUGCAUGAAGCAGCUAUUAAGCUACAGAGUGUGUGUGAGAGCAAUCGAACAAGAAGAAAUCUGGCAGAUUGUGCAGCAGUAGUUGAGGAGCUCAGGUGGAGGGCUUUGGAUUUCGCUUCUCUGAAGCGCAGCUCUGUAACAUUUUUCGAUGAUGAGAAGCCGGAGAGCACAGCUUCACGUUGGGCCAGGGCCAGGAUGAGAGCUGCGAAGGUUGGGAAGGGCUUGUCAAAAAGUGAUAAAGCUCAAAAAUUGGUACUGCAACACUGGUUGGAAGCUAUAGAUCCGAGACAUCGGUAUGGGCAUAAUUUGCAAUUUUAUUAUGAUGUCUGGUUUGAAAUUGAGAGCACCCAACCAUUUUUCUACUGGCUGGAUGUCGGAUAUGGUAAAGAAUUUAGUCUCAAAAAAUGACCAAGAAUCAUUCUUCAGCAGCAGUGCAUCAAAUAUCUCGGGCCAAAGGAGAGGAAGGCGUACGAAGUAACAAUUAACGAUGGGAAAUUUGUUUACAAGCAAACUAAGUUGGCAGUACAUACUGCUGAUGGUGCAAAAUGGAUGUUUGUGUUAAGUUCACACGGGGCUUUAUAUGUGGGACAAAAGAAGAAAGGCAUAUUUCAUCAUUCAAGUUUUCUGGCAGGUGGAGCCACCAUUGCUGCAGGAAGGUUGGUAGUCAAUAAUGGUUUCUUGGAGGCUACUUGGCCACACAGUGGUCACUACCUCCCAACAGAAGAAAAUUUUAAGGAGUUCAUAAACUUCCUAGAGGAGAAUAAUGUGGACCUCAGCAAUGUUAAGGUCUUCAACAUCAUCUUCAACAAAACAUGUUCCAUUGAAGUGGAUGAGCGUUCUCUCGAACAUUCUUCAUCAUUUAAGAUGUUUAUUAAUGAGGAAGCAUUGAUGACCAUGGAUGCACAGGAGGUAGAGAAGUGUCAAACGGUGACAGAGUUGUAG